GUAAGACUAUAAGACGUAUAAUAUGGAAUCGAAACUGUUGAAUAUAAUGGAUUUAAAUGACGAUUGUCUUGGUUGCAUACUUAAAUAUCUGGACAUUGAAGAUCAUGUUAAUUUUGGAGAAACCUGCUCGCGCUUCCGUGAGAUCUUAGGAGAGUGGAUUAAUGUGCUCUACCCAGAGUUCGAGAUCAAGAAAUGUUACGGUUUGCAUGAAAUUGAAUGGGAGUUAAAACUGUUUUUCACAGUUUCUGGCGCCAUUCGAAGAAUGAAGUUCGUUAUUGGACAACCAGUAGCUUUUCCUGUGAAUAGAUUUUGUAAUCAUGUGAAGAGCAUGGAUAGCCUGGAAUACUUUAGCUUGUACGUAGGAAAUGACGAUGUAUGGCAAUUCGGAGUUAUAGACAAAGUAUUGAGUGCCCUGACGAAUUUACCAAAAUUAAAAAGCCUUAUUUUUAGCUGUGGUACACAAAGGUUCGACGUGUGCAAAUUAAUUAGGUUUAAUUGCUUAAAAGAGCUUAAAUUAUUUUAUGGAAUAGCUGUGAAGGAUCUUGUUGCCAUAUGCAAAUCGAAUGCAAAUCUGCGUAUUUUAAACAUCAGUAUGGGCAAUGGAGAGCUCAACGGAAUUGUGCCGCAUUGCCAGAACUUGGAAGAAAUUUGCUUUCCAAUUAGUUGUUCAUCAUAUGCUGGACUUGCGGAGCUGCCCCAUAUAAGAAAAGUUGUCAUAUAUUCCGGUAGUUCAACGUCGCCCCCUUGGGCCAAGCUUAUGGAGUUUUUCAGCGCAUUUGUCGCUCAACAGCAAAAAACCCAAUUAGAAAGCUUGAUAUUGUACCCGAGAAUUAACUUUGAAGUUACCACUAAACUAAUUGAAUUGAAAUUCCUAAAAGAACUGCGCUGUUCAUUCGAAGAUGCAAGCUGCAUUGAUCUCUUGGCCAAUCUAACUGAACUGGAAAGUCUCUACUUCUUGCUGCGUAAUGGACCUUGGGGCAACGAAUGCCUAAAUGUUCUUAGAUCUUGCAAAAAACUGCAGCGCCUACAAACAAACUGUAAGCUGUCGGCACAGUUUAUAGAUGAUGUCUUAGAUGUAUUACGUCAGGUUCGCAAUAUCAAAAUUCAAAAGCCAUUAGAAUUGUGCUCUUGGCAACCAUCAAAUGCAGAAGAGGAGAAACUUGCUAACAAUGCCUAUUGUAUCCUAAUGAAUCCCGCAUAUCAUCAUCAUUGGCUCAGUUAAUAUUUUACAUCGGAUGCAAGCUAAGGGCUAUCAAGACGUGACGUCACAAAAUAAUGAAACAAGAAAUAAUUUAAAAAUAUAUAUAUGGAUAAACAC